CAUCAGCAUAGAGAUCCCGAAACUUUUCUUCCCGGUAUAUGGCCCGUCAGCUGAGUAUGUCCUAAAAAUGUGCGUCACUGGAAAUGAUAAAAGGGCAAGGGACGUUUCCUCAGUCAAGUUCCCAACUCGUACUUACGCCCUCUCGCCCUCUACUACUAAUCUAUGUGCACAUCAUCAUCAUCCUCUAUCCCAGUCCCGGGACACGAAUCUUCGUAUACGAGACUGUCCUCGAGUACAUUGGAGCCGACCGGUAGAACCAACGAGCCCCAGUGCUGUCAUUGUGGGUGGAGGGGCUCUCACGCUCCAGGAUGCCCUUUCAAGUCAUGAGUUGAAUCCCAAUUCCACACCUCACUACGUUUUGACAAGAAUCGCUAUAUUUCUUUUCUGUUAUCACUAUCUUCUUUUAUCCUGUUGUACACUUGUUUUCGCACGCUAUUUCCGUCCCUGCCCUUCUUCUGUCGUUAUUUAUUCCAUAUCUUAGAGUUGUAAUAACGUCAAUUUUGUCCUGCUGCGAACUAAUAGUACAACUGUAUUGAGC